AUGAGUAAUCGAAUCAAUGCUAAGGCUGCUGCUUCCUCAGAUACGUCAAUUAGAUUAGAGAUCAAUAGCGUGGAUGCUAAUGACGAUGUGCUUAAAGAUUUGAACGUCUUCCCAUCUACCGAUUGGAAGGAACGCCUACAGCUAAUAAAGGUGCUUUUGCCAUACAUUGAGUUUGACAAUAUCUCAUCGACUGGAACUGAACCUAGAGUGAUUAGUUGUACUGUACUUUCGCCCUUACUAUUUCAACUCCAAUUGAAUCUACACAUAGACUCCGAAGAUGCUAUCGUCGAGACCAAAGUCACGGGGUUACUUGCUGUUAAGCUUAUGGCUCCUCAAUAUGCCUCGGUUUUAAAAACCAAUUAUAUUUCAAGGAAUAAGGUCCAAAAUUUGUUGUAUAGUCUCAAUUCAUUUGCUGCUUGUAUUCACCGAAGAACCAAUGCAUUUGUUAAAGUGAUUCGAAAGUAUCCAGGUUUGGUGACGAAUGUUAACCGAGACUCACUAGCCAAUAACUAUACUACUUAUGCUCAUUUAAAGAGUUGCGAUGAAAUAAUCUUGCUUUUACCUGCCAAUUCAAUAAAGCUUUGCAUAUUCUGGAGCGUGGUCUUAGAGGACGAAAUCACAGGAGAAUGCACCAAUACUAUUAAUCUAAUUGGUCCAGACCCCAAAUCCAAUGAGCUCUUUCAAAUGCUCUUGGAAUCAAAUUCAAUGGUCAAUGCGGUUUCAUCUCUUCUUUCAACUUGCUACAAUUACGUCUACUAA